CUGCAUCAAGAGUCUCCGAUAUCGAAACGCGCGCAAUGCAUUCUGGGAUCGUCUCAUAUAAAAAGUGGGCACCAAGCGUGACAGCGGCCAUCUUGAUAACUAAAGCAUCGUCAACAUUUAUACACUUUUACCUCGCGAUUUUACAAUUUUUUCCAGUUUAAAUUAGAUCAUAGUUUGUAUAUAGUUUUAAUAAUAGUUUGUAUAUAGUUUUCACUAGUUUGUAUAUAGUUUUCAUAUAGUUUUCUCGUCGUUUUUGGCGUGGAAAUGAGCGAGACAAGUGAGCUUUCCCUCGAGGAAGUCAACACAUGGAAGGUGGACGCUCUCAAGUUAUUUUGCCGUAAACGAAAUCUUAAAACUUCUGGAGCUAAAGCUGAACUUGUAGCCCGUGUGUUUGCAGCAUCAGAGAUGGGAAUCCAAGUACAAGCAUCGGCUAAAGAACUAAUGUGCAUCACGGAGUCUGAGAGAGCGAAGCUAUUGUUUACUCCUGAGGGCAGCAAGCUUCCCGAUCCUCUUGGGCUAAAGGACGGAUGGAUUGAUGAAAAAGAUGGGCUAACAUCAUGGCCUCCUAUAUUUCUAAGUGACAUUACGAAAUAUCUGAUGGCUGAUCAUCCUGGAAAGGAUAUUAAACUGCACGAACGGGUCAUGAAUGAGUACAAAGAGGGGAAAGCAUACCGCUUAUUUGACUCGGGCUUUCUGAAAGAAGUUUUCUACCAUGAACUAGAAAAUAUGGAUUUUUGCUUCUUGAAAGCAAAAUGUACGCAUUCGAUGAAGGUUGGUGAUACACCACAUACAUCAUGGAUUUGUUCAAGAAAAAAUGGAGAGAUUAUCAGUGCCUACUGUACCUGUACUGCUGGUAUGAGUGGUUCUUGUAUUCAUGUGAUGGCACUGCUGUUCAGAAUUGAAGCAGCAAACCGUAAUGGUAUGACAAAUCCUGCAUGUACGUCCAAAGAGUGUGUGUGGAAUGUUCCAAUAGGAAACAAGACUGUAAUCAAGCCCUCUAGAAUUUGUGAUAUGGAGUGGAAGGCUUCAAAGCUAAAUAAAGAGACGACCAGACCUGCCAUCGAUAGUCGCCGAAAGUUAUUCAAUUCACAUGAAGAGUUGAAGCCCCUGACUCCAAAAGGAAAGAGGAAGUCGUUUUAUAAUAAUUUGAAGGACUUGUUGCCAGAAUCGGCAUUCAUCAAAUUAGCAACGGCUGAGUUUGAGGAACCGUGUUCAACUUCCGUUACAAUAGAAAUUAAUACUGAAGUACCUGAAUGUGUAAUGCCUAAGUCAUCAAAGAAAGACUUAAGUGCUGAUGAUAUACAUCUGAUUGAACAAGGCACCAUUGGUCAGUCUGAGAAUGAGGCAUGGCACGAUUACAGAAAAGGCCGAUUAACUGCCUCUAAUUUCUAUAGAGUGUACACAAAAGUUGAAACCCUUAAAACUAAGGGGGGUGAUGCACAGGAACUAGUGGACACAAUCCAGGGUAAAAGUAAUGGACCAUCGGAACAUUUACCUGCUCUAAAAUAUGGAAGAAACAUGGAGAAAGUUGCUAAGGAUAAGUAUGUGAAACUGUUUCAGAGGGAGCACAAAGAUGCAAAAUUCAGAGAGUGUGGACUAUUUAUUGAUGAAUCUGACCAAUUCAUUGGAGCAUCCCCUGAUCUGCUUGUUGAAUGUUCCUGUUGUGGAUUAGGGGUGCUAGAAGUGAAGUGCCCUUAUUCUAUUGUUAAUGAUUUACCAUCAGAAGACAAUCUUUCCUACCUGGUAAAGAUUAAUGGCAAAAUUGUCUUGAAAGAGAAGCAUGCAUAUUUUGCACAGAUACAGGGACAAAUGGCUGUGACAAAGAGAACAUGGUGUCACUUCCUGGUCUACACCCAAAAGGGUUAUCAUCUGGAGCUAAUCAAGUUCAAUAAUGAUUACUGGGAAAAGAUAAAGCAAAACCUAAUUUGGUUUUAUAAUAAGUAUUUAAGUGAAUGAAUGCUCGUUAAUUAUAACUUGAUACAAAACUUUAUUUACAUGGUGUAAACACUAAAAAUACAUUUGUACAUUUUAUAUACAAUUUAGAAUUUUUACAAUUUCAUAUCUGGAAAAACUGGUCUGACAGUUCUAAAUUGAACUCAAAUAGUCUCUGAAUAGAACAGUAAAAUUGUCUGUUGUGGAAACUGGAAUGGAUGAAUCAAAUCAUGAAAUUUUAUACAAGUAAUGCAUUGACCACACUUCAGUAUGAUUGAAAAUGUUACAGUUUGAUAUUGUUUGCAGUUAUAUAUAUAGUAAUAAUAAAUAAUAUAUUAUUUA